GGACUUGUUUUUGGGCAUUUUUGGACAAUUUGCAAUUCACAGAUCAUGAUGUAUACAAAUCAGGCACUUCGGAACUGUGCGCUGGCUCGCACCACAUUUCCAUCAUUCCUCGAUUUCCUAGCUCCCUCAACAAUGCGCCUGAAUCAUGUGCGACACAAUUCAACCACGACCAGCAGUCCGCAAAAGAAACCAAUUUAUCAAUUAAGUCAACGACAGCGUGAAUUUCUCGAUAGCGCCCUUCGUGUCAACCAAGCAGGCGAACUGGCCGCGACUCUAAUUUACGAUGCACAAAAACCACCCGUUGUGCGCUCACAUCCUCACCUCCGGCCGUUAAUGAAGCACAUGUACGACCAAGAAGCGGGGCAUUUCUCGACAUUCAAUAAAUACAUUGCGAAACACCAAGUUCGCCCGACGGCUAUGUAUCCUGUUUGGGAGGUUGCGGCGUCGGUUUUGGGCUGGUCUACCGCAGUUAUGGGUCGUGAAGCUGCGAUGGCAUGCACGGAGGCUGUGGAGACAGAGAUUGGGUCACAUUACAAUGAGCAAGUGCGAGAGAUUUUGUCAUGGGCGGCUGAAGCUGAGCGACGAGGGGAGGAACUUGAUGAUGAGCUGAAGGAGAUGGUGGCUACAUUCCGGAGGAUUCGUGACGAAGAGCUGGAACACCUGGACCAUGCGGUCGAGAACGACUCGAAAGAGGCAAAGCCUUAUGAUCCAUUGAUUAAUGUCAUCCGAGCGGGAUGUCGGGCUGCUAUCAAUGUCAGUGAGAGGGUAUAAUUCGGGAUCAUCAAGCCAGCCGUAAAUUGACUGACAAAAUCUGGAUAUGUUUUUGAGCGAUGCGUGUACAACUAUUUUUUUUUUUCUUGUACUGUAGAAUAUGAAUGAAUAUAUAAUAAUAAAUACGUAGCAAUAUGUGAAAGCUGACACUAAGCAG